AUGACCCCGCCUCGCGCCGAUAAGACGAAGACAUGCCAGUUCCAUCGGAAUAGGGGGCACACUACUGAAGAAUGCUCUGCCCUUUGGGAUCACAUCGAAGAUCUCGUCAAGGCCGGCCAUCUUCAGAACUUCAUUCGGUCGACAAACAACAGAAGGAACGACUACCGCCCUGGUAGAGGGGAGUACAGAAGGGACAACCGAGAUCGAGCACCUCCACGGAACCGAUCCCGUGAGUGCAGCAGGUCCCAAGAUAGAAAUAAUCAGCGAGACCGCAAUCAGCCUAGGCGAGUGAUAAACACUAUUGCCGGAGGCUUCGUGGGAGGAGGAGGCUCAUCUUCAGCCCGGAAGAGACAUUUGAGGGCCAUCAAGUCGGUCAACGCUAUAGGGUGGGCGUCCCCCAUCCGUAUGCCCCCUAUAACAUUCACUGACCAAGAUUUUCAAGGCAUUGACCCGGUGCAAGAUGAUCCCAUGAAGACGUUCGAGCAACUGGGCAUUCCAGAACAAGAGUUGACGCCUUACGAUGAACCUUUGGUAGAGUUUUCGGGUGAACGGGUGGACACCCGGGGGACGAUAGACCUGUAUACCUACUUCGGGGAUGACCAGCGUAGGCGGAUCAAGGUGCGCUACGUGGUGGUGCAUGCCAACACUUCGUAUAACAUUCUGUUAGGCAGACCCUCCCUGAACAAGCUCCGAGCCAUCGUCUCCACCCCACAUUUAUGA